UUUUUUUCUUCAAGUAUUUUCAAUGUCUGUUUUAUCUCUGACGUCUGCUUUGAAAGCCUUUCAACCCUUUAAACAAGCAACUAGUCUUCGAGUUUUACAGUCAAGCUUCUCUACUUCAGUACGUCAGUUAGCAGAACAACCUACACCCGAAAGACCACAAAUAGGUGCUUCUUCCUUGUUUGAUAAUGUUCAAGUCGAAACUCAAGAAAAAUUAGCACAACAAGAUGAAACAUUGGCAGAGAAGCAAUAUUCAUUCUCUUCUGCCAAUUUCAAGACGAGCCCACGUAAAUUAAAUAUGCUUGCUCGUCAAAUUCGCAACCUUCCUAUUGAUGAAGCUAUUCGACAAAUGGAAUUUUCUGAUAAACGUUCAGCUAAAAAGAUCUUACACAACUUGGCCUUUGCUAGAAAGAAUGCUACUGAUCAAAAGGGAAUGCAAAAUUUGGUUGUCUCUCAAGCUUGGGUUGGAAAGGGAAGAUACAUUAUGCGUAUUAAGCCUCAUGGCCGUGGUCAAUUCGGUGUGAUGCAUCAUAAACAAGCUCAUAUCAAGUUCAUCUUGAAAGAAGCAGAGACUAAAUCUACUGACAAGGCAGAUAGAAGAAAUAUCAGAGGCUGGAAGAACUCCAAAAAGACCUGGACUCAAUUAGAUGAAACAAAACCUAUUUACAAUCCCAAACCUUUUUACAACUGGUAAAAUUUAAUAAAAGAUGUAUAUCAUAAACCUGUCAACUAGAAGAAAUUUUAUUCAACCAAUGAGAACCCAUAUCGUGUUGCUUAUACUCGAGUAUAAUAAAGAACUUGUAUG